UGUGUGCGUGCGCGCGCGUUUUUCGGGUCGGGGGUGGGGGUUGUGUCUGAACCAGUUAAGAAGAAUGACUUUGGAGUCCAUCAUGGCGUGCUGCCUGAGCGAGGAAGCCAAGGAAGCUCGACGGAUCAACGACGAGAUCGAGCGGCAGCUGCGUCGGGACAAACGGGAUGCCCGUCGGGAACUGAAGCUGCUGCUGUUGGGUACAGGGGAGAGCGGCAAAAGCACGUUCAUCAAACAGAUGAGAAUCAUUCAUGGAUCAGGUUACUCUGAUGAAGACAAAAGGGGCUUUACAAAACUGGUGUACCAGAAUAUAUUUACAGCAAUGCAGUCCAUGAUCAGAGCCAUGGAUACCCUCAAAAUUCCAUAUAAAUAUGAAUAUAAUAAGGCUCAUGCACAGUUAGUUCGAGAAGCUGAUGUAGAAAAGGUGUCAACUUUUGAGAACCCCUAUGUAGAUGCAAUUAGAAGUUUAUGGAAGGACCCUGGAAUCCAGGAAUGUUAUGAUAGACGUCGAGAAUAUCAGUUAUCGGAUUCAACUAAAUAUUACCUUAAUGACUUGGACCGCAUAGCAGAUUCGGCCUAUCUGCCAACUCAGCAAGAUGUACUUAGAGUUCGAGUCCCAACAACAGGGAUCAUUGAAUAUCCAUUUGACUUACAAAGCGUCAUUUUCAGAAUGGUGGAUGUAGGAGGCCAACGAUCAGAAAGAAGAAAAUGGACUUGCUUUGAAAAUGUCACAUCUAUCAUGUUCCUAGUAGCUCUCAGUGAAUAUGAUCAAGUGCUUGUGGAGUCAGACAUGAGCCACGCCUCAGAUGCCCCUGCAACCCGCAGCGAAAACAUAUUCCUGUUUGCUGUCCCUGCCUUGCAACUCCUUUUCUCAUCUGAAGCGUGGCUGCGAGCACCUGUGUCUGGCUAG